AUGAUCGACGCCGAAAAUGUCAUCGAUGUAUUAAGUACCGAUAUCCGAACUCCCAUCCCAGCAUCAAUUGUCUCGAAGAUUAUCUCUUUGCCUCCUUUUGUGACCCUGCCCGGCGUGUCCAACUUCCGGGACUUAAGCCAUGAUAACGUACUGCGCCCCGGAUAUGCCUACCGCUCUGGAAAUCUAUCAGAUCUCGAAGAGAAGGGGAAGUCAAUCCUGGCUGGGGAUCUAGGUAUCACCACCAUAUUCGAUCUUCGGAAUCAAGGAGAGCGGGAGCGGGCUCCCAGCCCAGAGAUUACUGGAAUUGAGACAAUAUGGAUGCCCUACGGCACCAGACCAGCUUCAUUGAACCUUCGGGAUUUCACACAGGACGACCACAGUGCGACAGGAUUUGUGAAGAUGUACAUGGGAAUUUUGAAUGCAGCAACGCCCAUAUUUACCGAAGUCUUCAGUCAUAUUAGAGAUGAACCUAACGACCCUUUCAUUUUCCAUUGUUCGGCUGGAAAAGACCGGACUGGAGUGCUCUCUGCCCUCAUCCUACUACUUAUCGGUCGGCCUCACGAAGAAAUUAUCAUCGAUUACCUCUAUACACGCGUGGGACUGGAGAGUGUACGGGAAAACUUAACCAAUGCACUUGCUCUUCAUGCCGGCACCGAUCAUUUAAGCCCCGAGGCUAACGGCAUGCUUGAGCUUAGUGGCGUUCGGGCGUCGGCUAUGGAGGCGUUCCUCAAGACAUUCGAGACCACCUACGACGGCGGCGUCGAAAUAUAUCUGAACACCCAGCUUGGCUUCUCUUUCGAGGACAUAGUGCUGAUGCGCAAGAACCUGACGAAUUAUUAA